AGAAAGUUGAUGAGUAACCAUCUCGUACUCGUUAAAUGGGCAACUCUCAAUUUAAAUUCUGUCAAGUGUAUGUUCUGCAAAAAUCCUGUGCCCAACCCAGAAAAGUUUUUUUCAAGUUUUUAAUUUUCUUGUCUAAUUCCCCAAUUUGAGUAUCAUGCAGACAAUUAAAUGUGUAGUUGUUGGUGAUGGUGCCGUAGGAAAGACAUGUCUUCUUAUUUCCUACACCACCAACAAAUUUCCAUCAGAGUAUGUACCCACAGUAUUCGAUAACUAUGCAGUUACAGUGAUGAUUGGAGGAGAGCCAUACACUCUUGGACUUUUUGAUACUGCAGGCCAGGAGGAUUACGAUCGUCUUCGACCACUAUCUUAUCCCCAGACAGAUGUGUUUUUGGUUUGUUUUUCGGUCGUUAGUCCCAGUUCAUUUGAAAAUGUCAAGGAAAAAUGGGUUCCGGAAAUAACGCAUCACUGCCAAAAAACUCCAUUUUUGUUGGUAGGAACUCAAAUUGAUUUGCGCGAUGAGAGCAGUACAUUGGAGAAACUUGCUAAAAAUAAGCAAAAGCCAAUAUCAAUGGAGCAAGGAGAAAAAUUAGCAAAGGAACUUAAGGCUGUUAAAUAUGUUGAGUGCUCUGCACUAACACAGAAAGGACUUAAGAACGUAUUCGAUGAAGCAAUACUUGCAGCGUUAGAACCACCAGAACCAUCAAAGAAAAGGAAGUGCAAAUUCCUAUAAUUUUAACAUUUAUUUAUAUGGUUUCACGAAACAUUAAAAACCCACAUACACUAUUUUGAAGAUAUUUUAAUUUAAAAGCAAAAUAAAAGAGAAACCACAAAGGCAACAACAGUUUAAAAGAAAAUUAAAAAAAAAAAAAUUAAAACAAAAUCAAUAAAGUAAACAACAAAAAUGUCGCUAAAUUCAUAAAAUAUAUAUUUUUUAUUGUAUGACUACAUAAAAUUAGUUGGCAAAUCACACAUGAGAACAGCAGUUGUAGUUGUUAUGAACUAAUAACAUUUUUUUUAAUAUCAUUUACUUUUAUAUUAUAUACUGUAUUAGUUUUAGUAAAUACAAUUAUUAUUACUGGAAAUGAUUUUUAAUAUCAAAUUGAAAGCAAAGAUUUAUUCUUUAAUGUUUCUUAAGUGUUUUGUUUACACACGAGGUAUUUAAGAAUUUGAAAAAAAAAAUAUAUUAAUUUUUUUGCUACAUAAAAAGUAUUGCAUUUACUUCGAAA